UGGUCGUGACUAUCGCUACAACAACACGUAUUGCCCUCGCAAUAAUGUAAAAAAUAAAUAAUUAGCUAUUUCCAAAAAAUCCAAAUUCCAAAUUCCUUGCACUUCGGAUCGACGCCAGUGCGUGUGUGUUAUUGUGAAAGUGUACCACAUCAAAGACUCUAUUACUAAACGACUACAACAGAAAAAAAAGCCAAAUCGAAAAUCAAGUGAAAGUUUUCUCUUGCCUUGUCUUUGUUUUGUAAUUGUAAUUUUGCUGCCAGCCGCCCGUAUUACUGGCAAUAUUGGACAGAACGGAGAUCGGAUACAGUGACGCUGGUGCGGGUGCGGGGUGUAGUUGUAUCUUGUAUGGCAUAGCACUCGCGGGCUGAUUUGCUUGUGAUUGUGUCGCAUAUAUAUUCAAAUCGAAUAGCAGUCUGGGACUGCUGCAAAAGGCCUUGCGAACUUCUGCGCCAGAACAACUGCAUCGCUGUGGCUGGCUCCGCGCACAAAACGAUGUGCGAUACCAAAGACGAUGCAGAGAAAUGGAAAUGUGACAUCUGCACCUACGAGAACUACCCAUCCUCACUCAAGUGCACCAUGUGCCAGGCGUCGAAGCCGCUGCUCAACGAGGAUAUCUUUCGGCUGAGCCCUGCCCAGGAGAGCAGUUGUGCGGCGGAGGAGGCGGCUGGAGUGGAGCCCUCCCCCACAUCAACCUGUUACUCCCUGCAGCCGCAGAACCAGGCGCGCCAAAGCAAUGUGGCUGAUAGUGAAAAGUGGCCCUGUAAGGUGUGCACCUAUCUGAAUUGGCCACGCAGCCUUCGCUGCAUCCAGUGUUGCACAAAACGCGGCGGAGACGCUGUCGAGCGGGCGUCCAGCAACAAAGAUCACGACAACGAGGCUGACGCGGAUAGGGCCGGCGAGGCAUUGCAGGCAAUGCGCAUCAGUGGUUCGGACACAGAAUUGGCUGGCAACAAGCCGACCCAACUUCUAAUCGGAGCCACAGCCUCCAAUCGUUUGACCCUUAGUCCAAGUAUUGAUGAUGCUACGCACCUAAACAAUCUCACUAAUGCGUCCCACAACCAGUUGCAAUCCCAGACUCAACAUCCUGUUAAUCAACAACAACAUCACCAUCCUCCUCAGCAACGGGAUGCCUUGUCAACGGUAUCGCCCCAGAAAAAACCAUGCUUUGUGUCCAAAUGGGCGUGUAACUCCUGCACCUAUGAGAAUUGGCCGAGGAGCAUCAAGUGCUCAAUGUGCGGCAAAACAAGGGAGCGUGAAAUCACUGGGUCACAGACCGACUUGCAUGCCUCUUCUAGCUUGAACAUUCAGGAGGAGCAUCAACAACAACAGCAACAGCAGCAAAGUGUGGAUACCGUCAGUGUCAAUAAUUCUUUUAAUAAGAAACACAUUUACCAACUGGGUUCCUCGGAAACCAUCAACAACUGUGAUACGGUGCAAGAGCGACAGGAGCGCCGACAGCGUCAGAUCCGGCGUCAGGUAGAUUGGCAAUGGUUGAACGCUUGCCUGGGGGUCGUGGAAAACAACUACAGUGCCGUGGAGGCGUAUCUUUCAUGUGGCGGCAAUCCGGCACGCUCUUUAACCAGCACGGAGAUUGCUGCCCUAAAUCGGAACUCGGCCUUCGAUGUGGGCCACACGUUGAUACACCUGGCCAUUCGAUUUCACCGCGAAGAGAUGUUGCCCAUGCUGCUGGCUCAGAUAUCCGGAUCGGGUCCGGGCAUUAAGCGCGUGCCGUCCUAUGUGGCUCCAGACUUGGCAGCGGAUAUUCGGCGCCACUUUGCCAAUACUCUGCGCCUGCGCAAGUCGGGACUCUCCUGCCACUACGUGCAGAAGCAUGCAACAUUUGCCCUCCCCGCCGAGAUUGAGGAGCUACCGAUUCCCAUUCAGGAGCAACUAUAUGAUGAGCUUCUUGAUCGCGACGCCCAAAAACAGCUGGAGAACCCACCACCGGCUCUAAAUUGGUCCAUGGAGAUCACAGCUCGUCUCAGCUCUCGCAUGUUUGUCCUGUGGAAUCGCAGCGCAGGCGAUUGCUUGCUGGACUCCGCCAUGCAGGCCACCUGGGGCGUGUUCGACCGCGACAACAUACUGAGAAGGGCCUUGGCCGAUACACUGCAUCAAUGUGGUCAUGUAUUCUUUGCGCGCUGGAAAGAGUACGAAAUGCUUCAGGCUGCGAUGCUUCACUUCACCUUGGAAGACUCGCAAUGGGAGGAAGACUGGAGCACACUUCUGUCACUGGCCAGUCAGCCUGGCUCGUCCUUGGAACAACUGCACAUUUUUGCUCUGGCACACAUCUUGCGACGUCCAAUCAUUGUGUACGGGGUGAAGUACGUGAAGAGCUUUCGGGGUGAAGACAUCGGCUAUGCCCGUUUCGAAGGUGUAUAUUUGCCUUUGUUAUGGGAUCAAAACUUCUGUACCAAGUCGCCAAUCGCCCUGGGUUACACUCGCGGGCACUUCAGUGCACUGGUGCCGAUGGAACCCUUUACCCGCAUCGAUGGACGCCGCGAUGAUGUCGAGGAUGUGACCUAUCUGCCGUUGAUGGACUGCGAGCUGAAACUCUUGCCAAUACAUUUCCUCACACAAUCUGAGGUUGGCAAUGAAGAGUCUAUGAUGCGCCAGUGGCUGGACGUGUGUGUAACUGACGGCGGCCUGCUAGUGGCACAGCAAAAGCUUGGAAAACGUCCUCUCCUUGUGGCACAGAUGCUGGAGGAGUGGCUGAAUCACUACCGUCGCAUUGCACAGGUGAUAACCGCACCUUUUAUUCGCCGCCCGCAAAUCACACACUAUUCGAGUGAUGGAGACUCAGAUGAGGAAUAGAACCGGGACAUUCUUAAACAAGUUUCAGAACAGUAAUUUGCGCAUAUAUUUGAAAAUCCUUUUUGUACUUUUGGCAAAUCGGUUCGCAUAGAAAAAGGAUUAUGAAACAAGAGAAUGAAGUGCAGAUCCUACCCGCAUGCACUCGCAGUUCGCUAAUGGAAACUAUAGAGAAUACAUAUUCAUAUUUGCAAGCAGUUAAAAAGUUGUAGUUGUAACUAAAUUGAAGGCAAACCAAAGGUUAAGCAGAAGUGUACGAAACGCAUUGAUUGACUUAUAUAUAUCAUAUCCGUUCCCAAUUCAACGUUCGUUGAUUUUAGUCAAAUUUAUUCACACACUGGGUCGACGAGGCAAUGUAGGAGUAGACCAUAAAGUAAACGAAAUUGAAGCUAUACACUGGUAGAUCUAAUUACACUCACAUCUGAAACAAUCCAUUAAGUGAAUUUUGAUGCCGGCAGUUUAGGCGAAAAAUUAUAUGCGUAUGUGCUAGAUGUUGUAAACACCCAAGAAUCCCAGGCUGAGGAGGGGCUUAUAUUAUUGAAAAUCUCGAUGUACUAUUAAAUUUUAAACGGUGUAGCCCACACACCACAUAUGUAAGAAUAUUUGGGUGAAUAUGAAUGUUUCUAAAUGGGCGUCAUUGAAAAGUUUAUUGAUAGUUUUUAAAACACUUUUUGGAAUUAUGAAUCAUUAUACAUUCAUGCCUAUAAAUAUUAUAUAUAAAUAUAUAUUACGUAUAUAGAAAUCCUACGGUUCUAGAAAGUUGAACAAAGGGCCAAUAAUAUAAUGAAUUUUAUUCUAAUUGUAUUAUAUAUGGAAUUUUAUCUCAUUAUUAUUUUUGUUAGUAAUGUUAUUAAAAUUAUUAUUACUAUUACUACCUUCUAAGAAAGCUUAUUGUGCAAAUGUACACGCAAAAUGCAUGGAAAACAAAACACAUAUUUAAAUAAACGUUUUAAGUAAAAUUUCAACGGUAAAAA